AGGAGGCUGUUUUGUAUAAGUAGGGUAGGCAGCGCAUCAAGGUGGAAGGCAAUCCUCAGGUCCAAAGCAAGUGAAGUGAACGCUUGCAUCACCCGACUGUGCUCCAGAGAGACCAUGGCUUCCUUGACCAUUGAAGAGAGCACCAUCCCCCAGUUGGAUGGCAAGACCGCCAUUGUUACUGGCGGCGCAUCAGGAAUCGGUCUCGCAGCAGCUCGGCUGAUGGCACGCAAAGGCGCAAAGGUGUACAUCCUCGACCUGAACGAACCCACCGAGCCCGCACCUGAACUCCACUUCCGCAAAGUCAACGUAGCAUCAUGGGCUGAGCUGCGCGACGUGUUUGCAGAGGCCGGGCACGUCGACUAUGCCUUUGCCAACGCCGGCGUCAGCGAAGAGACAAACUACUUCGCUGACACGUUCGAUGCAGAGGGCAAUCUGCAGGAACCGACCUACGCCGUGCUCGACGUCAACCUGCGCGGGGUGCUCAACUUUGUCAAGCUCGCGUGGAGCACCAUGCGCAAGAAUGGCACGGCGGGAAGCAUCGUCAUAACCACCAGCGCGACGGCAUACGCGCCGGAGCAGUCCCUGCCUGUUUACGCAAGCGGCAAGAUCGCGCUAGUAGGCCUAAUCCGCGCCCUACGCUCCGUCAUCAUCCGCGACGGCAUAACCAUCAACGGCGUCGCGCCCGCCGCGACCAUCACCAAGCUCCUCCCCGGCGAGCUCGCAGCGCCGAUCAUGGCCAUGGGGCUGCCCGUCAGCAACGCCGAUUUCGUGGGGCGCGCAUUGGUGUACUCGGCGACGGCGCGGCAGGCAAAGCGGGUUGAAGUGUACGGCAAGGAGAAGGAGGCUGACGCGUUUGUGGAGGAGCGCUGGAAUGGACGGGUCAUCCUGACGCUGGGAGACAGCUACACGGAGCUGGAGGAGCCGAUUUCUGAGCUCCGCCCGUUUUGGUUUGGGCGCGAGAAUUUGAGGUUGACGCGUCUGCAGCAGGCGGCGACGGAUUUUAGGCCGUUUCCGGUCCCUAACCCUGCGGAGUAGAGAGGGGUAUGGUAGCGACGGGUGAUGGACUGGCGUUGUUGUUUGGAUGUUGCAAGUUGGGUAGUUUGUUGUUUAUAGGAAAGUAAAGGGUUGGCAAGAGUCACAGUCCGGUGUUGAUUCGGGUGCUUUGGUUGUUUAGUGAGCGGACCUCCAUGAAGCGGAUGGAUCGAUGGAUGAAGACUAGGGGUAUGUGCUACAGCGGGUAAGUGUCACUGAUAAGAUUACAGUAUGAAGAUACCGUUUUGUUACUGUAAGUU